UUCUGCUGGCUAACGGCGACUCUGUGCCCCAGAAUGUUUUAGCUAAGAGUGACUCGGUGCAAAGGGAUUCUUCGCUUGGUGACUCUCCCAUGAGGGAUAAUGUGGAACAGAGUGCUCCACCUAAAAACGAUCCUCCUCAUCUAAUCUUUCCAUCAAUACCCUCGCCAUAGUCGGUGUGAUCACAUAAGUUGUAGUAAAUAAACAGCCACCAAAAAAUAACUAUAGUAUUGAGUCAUAGUAAAACCUUCAAAUUGCGCGCUUUCAUAAUCAAAUUAGGCUGAAAAAAUCAGAUUUUACAGCUCAGCUUGUCGAUUUCCUUACAGUCUGAAAACUAACUGCGUACUAUGAACUACAUCGUGCUGAUCUGCAUUUUUGCAUACAUUUGCGUCUGGCGAUUCGCCGAAGCUGCUCCAUUCAUAAGCAUUCAGUCCAGUUCAAGAACAAAGUCUCAGAAAAUGAUGGACGGCUUAUUGAAAACUCUGUACGACUACAACAUACAGGACAAUGUGGACGAUGCCAAUGGACAAUUGGUUCACAGCCGGAUGGCCGAUUUCAAAUCGGAUAUUUUGAGCCCGGAGGAUCAACAGAAUAUUCGCGAUCAGAUGGUCAUCUUCUAGAAACUCAGUCUUUUUCUUGUUUACCUUUAUAAUAAAACAUAUUAGCAAGGAAAGUAUUUAAAUAAAACAAUAACCCAGAUAUUUGACAAU